AUGGAUGUCCAUGGCAGGAUAAGAGAAGUUCUUGCUGAGACUAUACGUGAAGAGUUAGCGCCUGAGCAUCAGCAGUUAUCCACAGAAGAUCUGAUAAAAGCCUUAAGACAACGAGGAAUCAUUGAUGAUGUUAUGAAGGAACUUAAAUUUGUAACUGAUGUGAAUGAAAAGGAGAAGACUUCAGCUCCAAAACCAUCAACACAUUUUGUUGACAGAGAACCACCAGUUCUGAAAAAAACUAACAUUGACCCAACACGGAGGUAUCUUUACCUUCAGGUUUUGGGUGGAAAAGCUUUUCUGGAACAUCUUCAGGAACCGGAGCCUUUGCCUGGCCAAAUCUGUUCUACCUUCACUCUGUGUUUACAUUUUCGAAAUCAGCGCUUCCGUUCUAAACCUGUCCCCUGUGCCUGUGAGCCAGAUUUUCAUGAUGGCUUUUUACUUGAAGUACACAAGGAUAGCCUAGGUGAUGGAAGUAAAAUGGCGGAUGCAACAACUAUGUUAUCUGUAUGUGAUCCAGUGCAUAUGGUUCUGAUCAAAACAGACACAUUUGGUGAGACAACACUAGUAGCAUCCUAUUUCUUGGAGUGGCGAUCUGUCUUGGCUGCAGAGAAUGGCAUAACAAAUGUUGCUGUUGAACUCCUGGGUGUAG